UGGAUAUCUACCCGAUAUCUAUGUUGAUUUGGCGGCCUGUUUGAAUUUUUGGGCCUGCUACCAUAAAAUCUACAUAUUGCAUCCAACCUACCAUUUACUCCAUUUAUUUAUCACCCAAAUAUGAAUUCUAAAAGGAUCAUUUACUCUCGCAACUUUAUCAUUCAUUUACGACCCAAUAACUUUCAUAUUCCCAAGAAAUCAAGGAGGAAGCAUCGUAGUGGCUGGCAAAGAGCUCUUAAACGUACACCAAUACACUUAACUACGGUCCCUGUCAUAAUGAACACUAACUGCCGCUCCCUGCCAAACAAAAUAAUGUACCUACAAUACUUGAUGUCCACUGACACUUAUCACAAUACUGCGAUAAUCACAUUACAAGAAACAUGGUUACACGAACUGUACGAUGACAAUCUCAUCUCUCUAAAGGACUUCAUCCUAUUUAGACAAGACCGAAAAUGUUGUAAUAAGAAAAAUGGGGGUGGAGUAGCAACUUUCAUUAACUCAAAAUGGUCUAUUUCUAAUAAUGUUUGCUUCUCAUUCUCAAAUGACUUCAUAGACUGCAUCACCGUCAAAUGUCGUCCCAAACAUCUCCCCAAAUAUAAACACAUCUUUAUCACAAACAUGUACAUAUCUCCAAGUUGCUCACUAUCUAAUCUUUCAAAUUUUGCUGAUGGAUUCACCAUGUUUGCUGCCGCCAACUUCGAUAACUCUCUAUUGUUAUUACUGGGGACUUCAACUCGUCAGAUUGCUCCUUCCUUGAAGCACUUGGUCACUCUAACAUUGUCAAAUUUCCCACUCGACUAGACAAAACACUUGAUUUAGUUUUCACAAAUGACCAAGGAAUCUAUGAAGCACGUAAACGUGCACCGAUCCUCAACUCUGAUCACUCUAUUGUUCGUGUUCUACCAAAAAUUUACAGCAAAACACAUAUUAAAGUCUUCUCGCAUCUGUCUAUGAAAGCACAACAAAGAUGCUACUCAUCCGAAAACUUACUCAAUCUAAGGAGCAUGUUACAAAAUACUAACUGGGACUUAUUCCAUAAAAGUUCAUUAGAUGACACAAUUGUCAAUAUAACGGAUUAUCUUAAGUUUUGCCUUGAUAUAUGCUGUCCCAAACAAACUCUAUUCAAACGCCUCGACCGCUUCUCCUCUCCUUAUCUCAAACAACUUCGCAGGAAAAAAGAAACUUUAUUCAAAUCCAAAGACAAGUUAGGACUCAAAAAGAUUAAUGCUCAGAUCAAAUCUGAAAUCAAAAAUCUUAAUGCUAUCUAUAAUGAUACACUUUUAUCAUGUAAAUCUCCAAUCAGUGUGUGGAAACUUUUCAAUGAAAUUACUGGUAAUAGAAGGUGUUGUAAUACUUUUCCCUCUUAUGAUGUUAAUGCUCUUAAUCAGUCUUGUAUACGCUGUCCUUCUACUUUAACUACUUCUAAUGUUACCUAUC